AUGUUAGUUCAUGAAAUUCAGACUGAAUUUGAAUUAAAGAAGGAUAUCCAAGAAUUUCAUGUUUCUCAAGCUAUUAGACAGCUUUUUAUAGCAAAUAUUUGCUCAAAUGAAGCUGUAUUUAUAGUUUUUACUGAUUUUAAUAAACAUAUAUAUAUGGAAAGUGUAGAUCCUAAUUUAACUAAUGAAAGACUAACACAUAAUGAAAAUGAUUGUUUGGAAUUAUUUCUAAAAAGUUCUAAGGUUCACCUUGAAUUUGAGCAAAUAUGA